CUCAUCGCUCAUCCUCAUGUUCUUUUAGGUUAGCCUCAACUUUGUCAUUGAGGUAGUGAAGUGUAAUUCAGAGACAUAAUUGAAGGGAUCAAUUUAUAUUAUGAUUUUCCUAAGUUUAUAAGUUGACAUUUAGUGUUGUUUCAUCAUCUAAAUUAUUUCCCUAAGAAUAACUAUGGAGUACAUCGCUCCUACCGAAACCUCGAACACCACUGUACUAUGUUGUGGUUGCGGGGAUGUUAUCGAGCCCAACCCUGCGUACAUGUGCGCAGCUUGUCUUCGUUCUCAAGUCGACAUAACUGCGGACAUCCCUAAACAAGCAACUUUAUACUUUUGUCGAGGUUGUGAGAGAUACUUGAAGCCACCCAAUGAGUGGGUGCAAUGUGCUCUGGAGUCGCGGGAGAUGUUGUCCUUGUGUCUUGGCAAGGUCAAGGGUCUCAACAGAGUCAAGUUGGUGGACGCUGGAUUUGUGUGGACGGAGCCGCACUCCCGUAGAGUCAAACUCAAGUUGACAGUACAGGGCGAGGUGAUGGGAGCAACAAUCCUGCAGCAGGUGUUCAUUGUAGAGUUCACUGUAAACCAUCAGAUGUGCAAUGACUGCCAUCGCUCUGAAGCCCAGGACUUCUGGCGAUGUUUGGUACAAGUUCGCCAAAAAGCCAGUUCCAAAACAACAUUCUAUUAUUUGGAACAGUUGAUUCUUAAACACAAGGCUCACGAACAUACCUUGGGAAUCAAACCCCAACAUGAUGGACUGGACUUCUUUUUCGCCACGGAACAACAUGCUCGUAAAAUGGUGUCUUUCCUAACUGCUGUUCUACCUUGUCGAACUGAAACAAGCAAAAAGCUCCAAUCCCAUGAUAUGCACAGCAACAUAUACAACUACAAGUUUACUUACAGUGUGGAGAUCGUGCCAGUGACCCGCAACAGUCUGGUCUGUCUGAGCAAAUCCUUGUGUAACCAGCUAGGAGGGAUCAGCCCUCUGUGUCUUAUAUACAAGUACACGGCUCAUGUGCAUCUCAUCGACCCAUCCACUGGCCAAAUUGCGGAAAUCGACAACACAAGUUACUGGAGGAAUCCGUUCAACAACAUUUGUGAAACCCGUCAUCUGACAGAGUACAUAGUCAUGGACAUUGAAGUGAUUAGGGAGAGAGACAGAAGGGUCUUCCCUGGAAUGGGAGCUACUUCUAACAAGCACACAUUGGCGGACGCCUGGGUUGUCAAAGCAGCUGAUAUUGGAUCCGAUGAGACGAUAUUUACUCGCACCCAUCUCGGACAUAUCCUCAAACCUGGAGACUCUGUGAUGGGUUAUGCCAUUGGAGAGGCAAACAUCAAUGAUACCAACUUUAACAAGUUGAAGACCGAUAACAUUCCCGAUGUGAUCUUGGUCAAGAAGCUUUAUGCCGAUAGAGCGGCUCGCAAGCGCAAAAGAAAGUGGCAACUCAAACAUCUUCCCAUAGAGGAAGAGGCUCAUCCCUACACUGAGGAUAAGGAGUACGAGGAGUUUUUGGCAGAGUUGGAAGAAGACCCGUCUACCCGGCAGCAGGUUAACAUCUACAAGGACCCAGCCAAGCUGAGGGUGCCUCCGCCUCUGGCUGUGGACUCUGACGACCUUGUGGACCCAUCUGUCCCAGAUAUCACCCUGGAAGAGAUGCUGGAUGACCUGACCAUUGAUGAUGCAGAAAUGACAGAGGUGUACGAGUAACAAAUACAAUUACGUUUGACA